GUGAUAUGCUAUAACUGUUAGGCCAUUUCCUGAUGUGGUCAGUUCUCUCUAUAUGCCGGUUCUAGCUACAACUGGACAGAACUGCCUUCCAUCCUAGUAUUUGAUGAGCCGAUUUUCUUCCUGAGUCUCAAGUUUAGGAGAACGCGUUGUUCGUCCUAUAAGGCCAUGUAUACUGGCGGUUAUACCGGCUAUACAGAUACAGAUACAGGCAAGAUUCUGCAUGUAAAAAUGAAACACUCGGUGUGGAUACUCGGGUUGCCUCUACUUUUCUAUUGCAGUGUGAUUUCGGCACAAGAUAUACCAACUGUGUCGAUGGUGCUACCGACAUCUUUGCCGCCAGAGGUCACCAUACGUCCUUCAGAGAUCCAGGACCUUCUAGUGGGAGAAACGGUCACAAUUACCUGUAACGCAACAGGAUUUCCCGGUAAUUUUAAGUACCAGUGGACUGUAAAUGGAAAGGUUGUACCAAAUCACAGAAGCCCUAUCUUCAGGUAUGAAGCUGUAAGUGGUGUUCACAAGGUAACGUGCAAAGUGACAAGUACAGGUGGGCAGACUGAGUCUGAGGAAAGCAUCGUGACUGUGCUACCAAAGGGUACCAUGGCGUUCCAUUCUAGCAUUAGAAUGAAUUCUAGGAACUUCACGCCUGAGAUGAGAGAUUCUAAUUCAGAGGCUUUUCAGAGCAUCAGUACAGAGGUCAAGGAAUGGUACCGGCAACAUGUGAGUCCCAGCGUUCCAGGUAACGUGUCAGUCAGAGUAAAGGAUGUAAGGCCAGGAAGUGUAAUCACAGAUCAAAACGUCAUCGUACAGGGUUAUUCGCUCCAAGAGCAAAACCUGUAUAACAACAUCUCCAUGGCUCUUAGGACAGCUGUGCAGUCUAGUAACUCUCUCGGAGUGGAUGAAGACGAUUGGACUCUCUUGAGCACAUCGAUAUGCUACAGUGAAACGGUGACUGUGCCUGAUCGAUUUCUCAAUAAUGUGACUUUAACAUUUCCAACCACUGAGCGAGACAAACACGCCUACUCAACACAACUGUGUGGAAACAACACGAGCAGUGCUGGUAUCGCGCUGGCUGUCCGAAGGUGUACCGGGGAUGUUCAAACUGGUGUCAGAUGGGCAAGCCCAGAACUGUUGAAUUGUGGGUUAGACUUGUCUAAUCUUGCACAGAUGACUGUAACUACCGACAAUGUAGCAGAAGUUGCUGCAUAUACUCAAAUCCUUACAUCUAUCGGGAGUUCCCUUAUGGUAGAAAACAUCACAGACGCUUCCACUGUCCUGGAAAACAUUGCAGACAUUCCCGGAGAUGAGAAUGUUGGCUAUUCUGUGGUCGUGUCAAUUGAUCAGAUAAUGAACGCUGAUGAUGGCGUCCUCUAUCAAAGUCAGGUCAAGGACCAGGCUCCUACUAGAAUUGUGCAAGCUCUGGAGCAGUUCAACGAUCGUGUCAAUCUGACAACAAAGCGUUUCCGCCGAAUUGAGCAAAACAUAGGCGUGGAAACUUACCAGAUCGGAGCUGCAGAACUGAUCAACAGUAUCGGAUUUGCAUCCCUUGCAAACAGUGAAGGCCUUCAAGACGAAUCGGUACGACACUACCCUAACUCAGCAUCCACCCCCAAUGAUGAAGUAGAUGCUUCCAUUGCCUUGCCUGAAGACCUUGGAUCAGUCUUGAAGAAAAAUAUAUCUGACGAUCCAACCAAUGAGGACGUUCGUCUGAGUUUUGUCAUUUACCAGAGCAGUCGGCUGUUCCAACCCAAUCAAACAGCUUCUUUCUUAGCCGGUUCGAAAACCAGGGUCAACAGCAGAAUUAUUGCCAGCAGAAUAAGUCACUUUGAGUUAAAGAACCUCUCCACCCCUGUAGUGACAAGAUACCUUCCCAUCGUUCAGAACAGCACAAACAGCACUGUGACCAACAUAAGGUGUGUCUUCUGGGAUUUCACAGCUGCAGAGGGCAGAGGAGACUGGUCAACGGAGGGAUGCGACUUUGUUAAAAUGGACAACAAAAGGAUUGUGUGCAAUUGCAGCCAUCUCACUAAUUUCGCUGUCUUGAUGGAUAUAUACGGACCGUGGCACAGCUUUACACUGGAUAUAAUCAGUAAAAUUGGGAUUGCUUUGUCCACAACAGGCCUCGCCUUCACACUCAUCAGCUACCUGGUGUUCAAGCAACUUCGUCAGACAAGGCCACAGCACAUCCUUAUGAAUCUUUGCAUCGCCUUGUUGGCAACUCUGAUUAUCUUCCUGGCAGGCAUCGAUGCUACAAACUCCCCGGUUGGCUGCACUACCGUGGCCUUUUUACUACACUACUUCCUAUUGGCCGUGUUUAUGUGGAUGGCUGUUGAAGCCUUCAACAUGUACCUUGCCUUCGUGAAGGUCUUGGGGGCACAUGUUUCUAGAUUUCUCCUUAAGGCGGCUAUCUUUGCAUGGGGUCUUCCCUUUAUUGUUGCCACCAUCACCCUUGCUGUGGAUGUACCCAGCACAUAUCCUGAUGGAAAGGAGACCUACAGGAGCACCAGUGUUUGCUGGCUACAAGGUAACCAGUUGUACUAUGGGUUCCUGUUGCCUGUGGGACUGGUGCUACUGUUCAAUACCGUUGUGUAUAUCAUGGUCAUCACCAAGCUGACUUGCGGAGGAAGGACCAAAGGGAAAGUUGAUGAUAAUAACAGCGGAGGAACAAAGCAGCAGCUGCGCAUCGCCAUUGCUGUCAUGGUGCUGGUCGGACUCACCUGGAUAUUUGGAUUCUUCAUGAUUAGCGAUGGGAGAGUUUUUUUCUCCUACUUAUUCUGCAUCUUCAACUCCUUGCAAGGAUUCUUCAUAUUUAUUUUCCACUGUCUACGGCAGAAGGAGGUACAAAACCUGUGGUUCAAGUAUUGUGGCUGUCUCUUGGGCGACUUUCGUACAACCAAGUCUACAACAGGAAAAGUCGUCAUCCAACCAAAACGGUUCCAGUGCGGAGAGUAACUUACGGGGAGAGCGGAGGGACAACACGCCGGAGUCAGUGCCUAUGGAGGUUUAUAUUGAAUAGUGCAUAAGGGUUAUCAGAAGGAUCGUGUAGCUUAACGGUAGAGUGUUCGUCUCAGAAUCAAGAGUCCCGGGUUCGAACCACCGAUCCUGUGUCUUUUGGGAAAGGCACUUUACACGAAUUUUUUUCACUUAUUCAAGUAAACAUGAGUAUUUUACUGAGCUCUGAGUCGGUGUUGACAUAAAAUCAAGUCGAUAAAACUUGAAGCUGUCGUCGCCACGUCUUGUGUAACAGUAUUCAAUAAAUAAAUGAAUAAUUUAACCGAACGUGUUUAUUAUUUGAAUCAGGAAGACAUCACCGCAAUACUCAAGAGCAUAGAAUCCGCCAUGAUUGUAGUUCAGCUAACGUAUAGAAGCCGAUGUGCAUUUUACAGUAAAUUACAAUUUGUAAGAUAGUAAAUGAAUAAUUAUUUGCCAUUAUUUUAUGUUAACUAAAUUAUCCCAUGAGGUAUUGGAAUAGUGCAAAGACAUUAACGAAAAGAAUCUGCCAAGUUUGUACUUUAUAUAAAGUAUAGAAGCGGGUGUACUUUUUAAUGUUUUUCGAUCCCACUCUACUGCUUGUGUUUAGUUGUGUUUUACCGCUCUGAUUUGCCCCAACCAUGGCUAACAUCGAAGUGCAUCGUUCACUGGAAAGAGCUCAUAUCUGUUCACAACUAAUUGUAAGUAUAGCGUAAUAGCACGUUACUUGCUCUUGUGCGCACCUAGACGGUCCACCUGACCGCAGGAAUGCACAUCGCCACCGCCUAGGUGGCAGCCAGAGACAGCCAAGACUUACACGACCGUAGGGCACAGCCUAUACCAUUUCGAGGUACCAUUGAAAUAAAUGAAACAUGUAAGAAAUAAGCUGUUCAAAAUCACGUACUUGAGUGUUCAACUAUUGAAAACUCACAUUGGCAGGGUAGCUCAACCUCAAAUUUUUGUCCAUGUAGCCAAAAUUCUUAUUUUUGAAUCGACACAAACUUACCGUAAGACGGCCACAAUGACCUCUAACCCCCUGAACUCCACCAAACGCAACAAUAUAUAGCAUCACUUCUAGGGCUCAAUCCAGCAUCAAAAACAGGCCUAGAAGCCUUUUUCAAGGAAAUAAAAAGACCCCCAGCUGCAAAACGCCAGCAAUUAGCAAGAUAUUCCAAGGAAAGGCUGUUUACAGUUGGUUUGGCUGCUAGUAGAGUAGCUAUUUUUUUCCAUUAAACCAUUGUAACAUGGGGCAACUUUAAUAUUGAUGGGCUACAUGUACAUGUAACUAGCUUUUGGCUUAGGUUGCUGAUUGGGCUACAUGAGAAAAACAAGUAUUUCGAACCCUGAUGAGUGACUAUAUUUACUGACUGAAAG